GUGCUUUUUGCACAAAUCUCUCCCCUGACUGCACAUCACGCCGCGGCGACGUCGUGGCCGUCCGCGCAUGCGCAUUGUCGCCGAGCGGUGACUAGACAUUCGGUCAUAAGCGCGGCGGCGCCGCUGGAGAAGAAGAAGAAGGUGCCAGAAGGAGGAGGCGAGUCCAUCCAUGGCCUCGACCGUCGAACACGUCGUCGCUUGAACGCCGAACGCGAUCCUGCAGACAUGUCCACCCCAGACCCCCCCAUGGGAGGCAACCCUCGCCCCGGUCCGUCCCCAGGCCCAGGUCCCUCUCCCGGGGCCAUGCUGGGCCCCAGCCCGGGUCCUUCGCCCGCAGGCUCCUCCCACAGCAUGAUGGGACCCAGCCCCGGACCCCCUCAGCCGGGCCCGUCAGGGUACGGCCAGGACAACAUGCACGCCAUGCACAAGCCAAUGGAGGCCAUGCAUGACAAGAGUUUGAGCGAGGAGGCUCGCUUCAGUCAGAUGAAAGGAAUGUCCGUGAGAGCGGGCGGGCACAGUGGUAUGGCCCCCCCACCCAGUCCUCUGGACCAGCACUCACAAGGCUAUCACUCCCCAUUAGGCGGCUCAGAUCAUUCCAGUCCGGUACCGUCAAACGGUCCCCCAUCCGGACCUCUACUUCCAUCCUCUUCCUCAUCUUCCUCUUCCAUCGGCCCCGGCUCUGGAUCCACACCAUUGGAAGGUCCCACUGGAGACCAGCACACCCUGGGCCCCAACAACCGCCCCGGAACACUCGGAAGUGCAGGGCCCGGUCCCAGUCCUGGACCGAGUCUGAGCUCCACUGUGCCCAGCCUCGUGGCAGGCCUUGAAUCGUCCAGUGGCCUCUCCGGACCUGGAGGUCCCGGGGGCCCCGGGGGCCCCGGGGGUCCCACUCCUUUCAACCAGAGCCAGCUGCACCAACUGAGAGCUCAGAUCAUGGCCUACAAGAUGCUGGCCCGGGGUCAGCCCCUGCCAGACCACCUCCAGAUGGCCGUGCAAGGGAAGAGGCCCAUGCCCGGGAUGCAGCAGCCCAUGCAGAGCUUGGCCCAGGGAGGUGGACCACCAGGACCGAUGGGUUCCGGCUACGGUCGAGCUCAUGGAAUGAUGGGCCCCAAUAUGCCCCCACCGGGUCCGUCAGGGAGCCUAGCUGGGAUGCAAGUACAAAACCACAACGGACCAAAGUCUUGGCCUGAAGGUCCCAUGGUAAACGCGGCAGCUCCGUCCAACGCCCCCCAAAAACUGAUCCCUCCUCAACCUACGGGCCGACCCUCUCCCGCUCCACCCUCAGUCCCCCCCGCCGCCUCCCCCGUCAUGCCACCGCAGACCCAGUCCCCCGGCCAGCCGGCGCAGCUUCCGACCAUGAUGCCUUACCACGGCAAGCAGAGCCGCAUCACCCCCAUUCAGAAACCCUGCGGUCUGGACCCGGUGGAGAUCCUGCAGGAGCGGGAGUACAGGUUACAGGCGCGCAUCACUCAUCGCAUCGUGGAGCUGGAGAACCUGCCGGGCUCCCUGGCAGGAGACUUACGCACCAAAGCCACCAUCGAACUCAAAGCUCUGCGGCUUCUCAACUUCCAGAGACAACUGCGACAGGAAGUGGUGGUCUGCAUGCGUCGCGACACGGCCCUGGAAACGGCCCUGGACGCCAAGGCCUACAAACGCAGCAAACGACAAAGCCUGCGAGAGGCGCGCAUCACCGAGAAACUGGAGAAGCAGCAGAAGAUCGAACAGGAGCGCAAACGCAGACAGAAACAUCAGGAGUACCUGAACAGCAUCCUGCAGCAUGCCAAAGACUUCAAGGAGUACCAUCGCUCCAUCACGGGCAAACUCCAGAAACUGACCAAAGCCGUGGCCACCUACCACGCCAACACGGAGCGGGAGCAGAAGAAGGAGAACGAGCGCAUCGAGAAGGAGCGCAUGAGGAGACUAAUGGCCGAGGACGAGGAGGGCUACCGCAAACUGAUCGACCAGAAGAAGGACAAGCGCCUGGCCUACUUGCUGCAGCAGACCGACGAGUACGUGGCCAACCUCACCGAGCUGGUCAGAGCGCACAAGGCGGCACAGGCUCUCAAGGAGAAGAAGAAGAAGAAAAAGAAGAAGAAGAAGGUGGAGAGUCCUGAAGGACAAGCCCCAGUUCUAGGUCCUGAUGGAGAGCCUCUGGACGAGACCAGUCAGAUGAGUGACUUACCUGUGAAGGUGAUCCACGUGGACAGUGGCAACAUCUUGACCGGGGUGGACGCUCCCAAGGCGGGACAGCUGGAGACCUGGCUGGAGAUGAACCCUGGUUAUGAGGUGGCUCCGCGCUCUGACAGUGAAGACAGUGAGGAUGAAGAGGAGGAGGAGCAGGAGGAGGAGGAGGAACAUCAGCCUUCAGCAACACCAGCAGAUGACAAGAAGAAGAUUCCUGACCCCGACUGCGAGGACGUGUCCGAAGUGGACGUGCGACACAUCAUCGAGCACGCCAAACAGGACGUGGAUGACGAGUACAGCGGCGCCGCGUUUGCCCGAGGACUUCAGUCGUACUACGCGGUGGCACACGCCGUGACGGAGAAGGUGGAAAGACAGUCCACUUUCUUGAUAAACGGACAACUCAAACAGUACCAGGUCAAAGGUCUGGAGUGGUUGGUGUCGCUCUACAACAACAACCUCAACGGCAUCCUGGCAGAUGAAAUGGGUCUGGGCAAAACCAUCCAGACCAUCGCGCUCAUCACACACCUCAUGGAGCACAAGCGCCUCAACGGACCCUACCUCAUCAUCGUGCCCCUCUCGACUCUCUCCAACUGGGUCUACGAGUUUGACAAGUGGGCGCCGACGGUGGUCAAAGUGUCCUACAAGGGUUCUCCUGCAGCCAGAAGAGCAUUUGUCCCUCAGCUGCGUAGCGGCAAGUUCAACGUCCUCCUCACCACGUACGAGUACAUCAUCAAAGACAAACAAGUCCUGGCGAAGAUCCGCUGGAAGUACAUGAUCGUGGACGAGGGUCACCGCAUGAAGAACCACCACUGCAAGCUGACCCAAGUCCUGAACACGCACUACCUGGCGCCCAGGAGGGUCCUGCUGACUGGCACACCCUUGCAGAACAAGCUGCCCGAGCUGUGGGCGCUGCUCAACUUCCUCCUGCCCACCAUCUUUAAGAGCUGCAGCACCUUCGAGCAGUGGUUCAACGCCCCUUUCGCCAUGACGGGAGAGAAGGUGGACCUCAAUGAAGAGGAGACCAUCUUGAUCAUCCGUCGUUUGCACAAAGUUCUCCGUCCCUUCUUGCUGCGCAGGCUGAAGAAGGAAGUGGAGGCACAGCUCCCAGAAAAGGUGGAGUACGUGAUCAAGUGUGACAUGUCGUCCCUCCAGAGGGUCUUGUACAGACACAUGCAGGCCAAGGGCGUGCUGCUGACCGAUGGCUCGGAGAAAGACAAGAAGGGCAAAGGAGGCACCAAGACGCUGAUGAACACCAUCAUGCAGCUGAGGAAGAUCUGCAACCACCCAUACAUGUUCCAGCAGAUUGAGGAAUCCUUCUCUGAACAUUUAGGUUUCUCUGGUGGGAUAGUCCAAGGCGCUGACUUGUAUCGGGCGUCAGGAAAAUUUGAGGUGUUGGAUCGAAUCCUCCCCAAACUGCGAGCGACCAACCAUAAAGUGCUGCUCUUCUGUCAGAUGACCACACUGAUGACCAUCAUGGAGGACUACUUUGCAUACCGCAGCUUCAAGUAUCUGCGUCUGGAUGGUACCACCAAGGCUGAAGACCGAGGAAUGUUACUGAAGACCUUCAACGAGCCGGGGUCCGAGUAUUUCAUCUUCUUGCUGAGCACUCGGGCAGGAGGCCUCGGCCUCAAUCUCCAGUCUGCAGACACUGUGGUCAUCUUUGACUCGGACUGGAACCCGCACCAGGACCUGCAGGCCCAGGACAGAGCUCACCGCAUAGGCCAACAGAACGAGGUGCGGGUGUUGCGCCUGUGCACCAUCAACAGCGUGGAGGAGAAGAUACUGGCCGCCGCCAAGUACAAACUCAACGUGGACCAAAAAGUCAUCCAGGCCGGUAUGUUCGACCAAAAGUCGUCCAGCCACGAGCGCAGGGCCUUCCUGCAGGCCAUCCUGGAGCACGAGGAGCAGGACGAGGUCUGGGGUCAGGAAGUGUGUCUACGUAUAAAUGAGGAGGAUGAGGUCCCGGACGACGAGACGGUCAACCAGAUGAUCGCCAGGAGCGAGGAAGAGUUUGAUCAGUUUAUGCGUAUGGACUUGGACAGGCGGCGCGAGGAGGCCCGCAACCCGCGCCGCAAACCUCGCCUGAUGGAGGAGGACGAGCUGCCCACCUGGAUCAUGAAGGACGACGCCGAGGUGGAGCGCCUCACCUGCGAGGAGGAGGAGGAGAAGAUGUUCGGACGGGGCUCUCGCCAGCGGAAGGAGGUGGACUACAGCGACUCCCUGACAGAGAAGCAGUGGCUGAAGCAGGCGAUCGAGGAGGGCACGCUGGACGAGGUGGAGGAAGACGUGCGCCACAAGAAGACCACGCGCAAGAGGAAGCGGGACCGAGACCCGGACCUCCCGGUGCCCUCGUGCUCCUCGGGCGGCCGAGGACGAGGAGACAAGGACGAGGACGCCAAGAGGCAACGGAAAAGGGGGCGGCCGCCUGUGGAGAAGAUCUCCCCCAACCCUCCCGUCCUGACCAAGAAGAUGAAGAAGAUCAUCGACGCUGUCAUCAGAUACAAAGACGGCACCAGUGGUCGUCAGCUCAGUGAGGUGUUCAUCCAGCUGCCGUCAAGAAAGGAGCUGCCCGAGUACUAUGAACUCAUCCGCAAGCCUGUGGACUUCAGGAAGAUCAAGGAGAAGAUUCGGGGCCACCGCUAUCGCAGUCUUGGCGACCUGGAGAGAGACGUCAUGCUGCUCUUCCAGAACGCUCAGACCUUCAACCUGGAGGGAUCUCUGAUAUACGAGGACUCCAUCGUGCUGCAGUCCGUCUUCACCAGUUUGAGGCAGAAGAUCGAGAAGGAGGAGGAGAGCGAGGGCGAGGAGAGCGAGGAAGAGGACGACGAGCAGGACGACGGAUCGGAGUCUGAAACUCGUUCUGUCAAGGUGAAGAUCCGACUGGGCAGGAAGGAGCGAGGAGGAGAACGAGGAAAAGGACGCAGCAGACGAUCGGGACGCACCAGAGCCAAGCCUGUGGUUAGUGAUGACGACUCUGAAGAUGAACAGGAGGAGGAUCAUUCCGUCAGUGCCACUGAUGAAGAGUCGUGAAGUGCAAGAGAAGACGUGAUGAAGUAGUCCUCCUACUCACACAUUUGCAGAAAUGAUGUUUUGGGUCGGCAGACUCCCAGCCAAACCUCCGCCAGCCCUCAGUCACUUAAGAACAAGAAACAAAUACACACUUUUAGUCGCACACCAGACAUAAGGUCUUCUUCGUUUCCCUGCAUUGGCCCGGAGGACACAAUUAAACUAAUGACAUCCAUCACAGUGAAAGAUGUUAAAUCACAACACAUAAAUCUAAUCUAAUAAAUAAUCAUGAAUUAGGUCAUAAACUGACUCGAUCGAAACAAUUCUGCUUAUUUGCCACUUAAUUGUACAAGAUCAUUUUGAGCAAAUAUUACCGUGCUUUACACUUCAAUGCAAGGCUUCUUUUUCCCAGUUAUAAAUAGUCAUGCGGUAGAAAAAAAGACACAUUUUAGUAUAACUGUGGAGUGAAAUUACUGACAAAACUCCACAAAAAGAAAUGUUUUUACUCACGCCCAACAAUUAUUGAGUAAAAAAAACGAUUCACAAGUAUAAAAAAACAUUUCUGCAAGUAAAAAAACAUUUUUCUUCAGGUAAAACUAGUACUACUCAGUGGCCUAGUGGUUAGAGUGUCCGCCCUGAGAUCGGUAGGUUGUGAGUUCAAACCCCGGCCGAGUCAUACCAAAGACUAUACAAAUGGGAGCCAUUACCUCCCUGCUUGGCACUCAGCAUCAAGGGUUGGAAUUGGGGGUUAAAUCACCACUGCUGCCCACUGCUCCCCUCACCUCCCAGGGGGUGAACAAGAGGAUGGGUCAAAUGCAGAGGACAAAUUUGCUACACCUAGUGUGUGUGUGACAAUCAUUGCUACUUUAACUUUAACUUUAAAAUGGUUCACAAGUAAAAAAAAAAAAAAAACUAUUUACAAGUAUAAAAACACAUUUCAGCAAGUAAAAAAAUGAUUUGCAAGCAUAAAAACAAUUUUCUGCAAGUAAAAAACACAAUUUGCAAGUUCAAAACCUAUUUUGUACAAGUAAAAAAACAAAUUGUAUAAAGUAUAAAAACUAAUUUCUGCAAGUAAAAAAAAAAACUAUACGCAAGUUUAAAACCAAUUUUGUCCAAGUAAAAUGAUUCGCAAGUAUAAAAAUUAUUCGCAAGUUUAAAAUCAAUUUUGUACAAUUAUAAAAACAAUUUUCUGCAAGUAAAAAAACUAUAUGCAAGCUUAAAACCUAUUUCGUACAAGUAAAAAAACGAUUCGCAAGUAUAAAAACAAUCUUCUGCAAGUAAAAAAACAAUUCGCAAGUAUAAAAACAAUUUUCUGCAAGUAAAAAAACUAUUCGCAAGUAUAAAAACACAUUUCUGAAAGUAAAAAAAAAACAAUUUUGUACAAGUAAAAUGAUUUGCAAGUAUAAAACUUAUUUGCAAGUUUAAAAUCAAUUUUGUACAAGUAUAAAAACAAUUUUCUGCAAGUAAAAAAACAAUUUGCAAGUAUAAUACCUAUUUUGUACAAGUAAAAAAAACCUUCGCAAGUAUAAAUACAAAUUUCUGCACGUAAAAAACACAAUUUUCAAGUUCAAAACCAAUUUCGUACAAGUAAAAAAACGAUUCGCAAGUAUAAAAACAAUCUUCUGCAAGUAAAAAAAACAAUUCGCAAGUAUAAAAACAAUUUUCUGCAAGUAAAAAAACUAUUCGCAAGUAUAAAAACACAUUUCUGAAAGUAAAAAAAAAAAACUAUUCGCAAGUUUAAAACCAAUUUUGUACAAGUAAAAUGAUUUGCAAGUAUAAAACUUAUUUGCAAGUUUAAAAUCAAUUUUGUACAAGUAUAAAAACAAUUUUCUGCAAGUAAAAAAACAAUUUGCAAGUAUAAUACCUAUUUUGUACAAGUAAAAAAAACCUUCACAAGUAUACCGUAUUUUCCGCACCAUAAGCCGCCCCGUGUUAUAAGCCGCGCCUUCAAUGAACGGCAUAUUUCAAAACUUUGUCCACCUAUAAGCCGCCCCGUGUUAUAAGCCGCAUCUAACUGCGCUACAGGGAAUGUCAAAAAAACAGUCAGAUAGGUCAGUUAAACUUUAAUAAUAUAUUAAAAACCAGCGUUCUAACAACUCUGUUCACUCCCAAAAUGUACGGUAAUGUGCAAAUGUGCAAUCACAAACAUAGUAAAAUUCAAAAUAGUGCAGAGCAAUAGCAAUAACUUAAUGUUGCUCGAACGUUAAUGUCACAACACACAAAAUAAACAUAACACUCACUUUCUGAAGUUAUUCUUCAUUCAUAAAUCCCUCGAAUUCUUCUCCUACGGUGUCCGAAUUAAAAAGUUGGGCGAAUAGGGGAUCCAAAAUGGCCGGCUCCGUCUCGUCGAAGUCAUCAGAGUCAGUGUCGCUGUUGUUUUUCCAGCAGUUCCGUGAAUCCUGCCUUCCGGAAAGCUCGGACCACAGUUGAGACCGAAAUAUCCGCCCAGGCAUUUACGAUCCACUGGCAGAUGUUGGCGUAUGUCGUCCGGCGCUGUCUCCCUGUCUUAGUGAAUGUGUGUUCGCCUUCGGUCAUCCAUUGUUCCCACGCCGUUCGCAGUCAUGCUUUAAAUGCCUUGUUGACACCAAUAUCGAGCGGUUGGAGUUCUUUGGUUAAUCCACCCGGAAUGACGGCGAGUGUUGUAUUUGUGUGCUUCACUUGUUUUUUGACACCAUCUGUGAUGUGGGAGCGCAUGGAGUCGUAUAUCAACAUGGACGGAGCUGCGUGAAAAAAGCCACCCGGCCUCUUCGCGUAAACUUCCCUUAACCACUCGCUCAUCUUUUCUUCAUCCGUCCAUCCCUUCGAGUUAGCUUUUAUGAUGACGCCGGCUGGAAAGUUCUCUUUUGGCAAGGUCUUCCUUUUGAAUAUCACCAUGGGUGGAAGUUUCUGGCCAUUAGCAUGGCAAGCUAGAACCACAGUGUGUCGCUUAGUAGGAGCCAUUUUGUGGUCUUUACAGAUGUAAACACACAAAGGAAAUGAAACGUAAUACCCGCGCGCUUCUUCUUCUAUGGGGGCGGGUGCUUACCUUGGCGGUUGCUUACCGUAGAAGAAGAAGCACUUCCUCUUCUACGGGGAAAAAAGAUGGCGGCUGUUUACCGUAGUUGCGAGACCUAAACUUUAUGAAAAUGAAUCUUAAUAUUAAUCCAUAUAUAAAGCGCACCGGGUUAUAAGCCGCACUGUCAGCUUUUGAGUAAAUUUGUGGUUUUUAGGUGCGGCUAAUAGUGCGGAAAAUACGGUAAAUACAAAUUUCUACACGUAAAAAACACAAUUUUCAAGUUCAAAACCAAUUUCGUACAAGUAAAAAAACAAUUCGCAAGUAUAAAAACAAUCUUCUGCAAAUAAAAAAACAAUUCGCAAGUAUAAAAACAAUUUUCUGCAAGUAAAAAAAAAAUAUUCGCAAGUUUAAAACCAAUUUUGUACAAGUAAAAUGAUUUGCAAGUAUACAACUUAUUUGCAAGUUUAAAAUCAAUUGUGUACAAGUAUAAAAACAAUUUUCUGCAAGUAAAAAAACAAUUUCCAAGCUUAAAACUUACUUUGUACAAGUAAAAAAACUGCGCACGUAUAAAAACAAAUUUCUGCACGUAAAAAACACAAUUUUCAAGUUCAAAACCAAUUUCGUACAAGUAAAAAACGAUUCACAAGUAUAAAAACUAUUUUCUGCAAGUAAAAAAAAAACUAUUUGCAAGUUUAAACCAAUUUUGUACAAGUAACCAAAUUAUUCACCAGUAUAAAAACAAUUCGCAAGUAUAAAGUAAUUUUCUUCAAGUAAAAAAAAAUGUGCAAGUUUAAAACCAAUUUUGUACAAGUAAAAACAAUGAUUCGCCAGUAUAAAAACAAUUCGCAAACUUAAAACCAAUUGGCAAGUAUAAAAAUAAUUUUCUGCAAGUAAAAAACAAUUUGAAAGUUUCAAGCCAAUUUUGUAUAAGUAAAAACAUGAUUCGCAAGUAUAAAAACAAUUUUCUUCUCGUUAAAGUAUUAGACAGUAUUAUUCCAGGUUGAUUUACAGGUUGAGCUUGUUUCACCUCUCUUCUGUCCGCCAUUUCACUCCCCACCUUGCUUCUUCUUCUUUGUUAUUUUUGGCGGAUGGCCUUAAAUUGACUCAACAGCACCACCUGUUGUCGUAGAGUGUGAAUUACUGGUGCUCUGAGCGCAAAUGUGUGGAUUAUUACUGUCAAAAGUUUGAACUUGAAGAAAAUUGUUUUUAUUCUUGCAAUUUUUUUUUAAACUAAAGAUCAUUUUUUGGGGGCAGUUUCUCUUCAUAUAUAACCAUUUAUUCAUUCUUUAUUUAAAGUUUAGAACAACACUUUUAGCCAUCUUAGUUUUUCUUAUGAGUGGUUAUUUUAGGUUUCAUUUACAAUGGCAAAAAAUAACUCGAUUUUGGACUCUAGACAACGGCUACUAUCUUUUAUUAUUGUUUAGCAACUUAAAUACUUCAAAAUGGAUUUCAAGUCAGUCGACAAGACAAAUUAAAUAUGAAUCAUAUUUUUUUGUCUGUCACAAAUACGUGAAAUAACAUGUUAUAUGCGAUAAAGCCACUGAAACAAGUACUUUUAUGUUAUGUAAUGCAAUGCAUUUCAAAUGUUUAGGUAAAAAAAUCCCUUUAAGUAAAUAAAAAAAAAAGGCAAAAAAAA